GUGAUGAUCGCAGUGUCUCUUCAGAAGAAAAAGAUUGCCCUAGUUCCAACCUAGAUACGUCAAAGGACUCAAAAUCAGGAGAGGACAGCAGCUCCGAGAGCAGUUCUGAAAGUGACUCCGAUAAUGAGGAGCCAAAAACAAAUGGGGAACUGGGAGAGGUUUCCGCCGAGGGCGCUUCUGCUCAGGCUGAAGAAUGGGAAACCAAAGAAUCACCCACAAAUCAUUUUAAUUCAGAAUGUGUUAAAAUUGAACCUCACUGUCAACACUGUAAUGCUGAAAAUAAACACAAUGAACAAGUGACCCCCAGACUCCUUUCCAGGGGACAGUUUUUGCUGAAGGUGGACACGGAGGGAGUGUACGAGUGCACGGAAACUGGUCUGAUCUUUGAGGUUAACAGAAAAGUUGACAUCAAGUAUUGCGUUUUGUCCUGGAGCAAAUACGCAGACCUGGUUGUCAAGCCCUGGGCUGUUGGGGGACCCAUGUUUGAUGUCAAAUGUGACCCAGCCUGUCUUACCUCCAUUCAGUUUCCACAUUCCCUCUGCUUGGGGCACCAUGAUGCCAAUAUGACAUUCAGAGUCUUACAUGUUAAAAAUUCCGAGGCCUCGUUAGAAUGUAUUGUGGAUCAUUCUGCGACCCACGUCAAAUGGCACGUGAGCUCUCUUUCUCCUGUGGGACCUGUCAUUCAAAGCGAAGAAACAUUAUACCACCACGGGGCUGUGAUUCUGUACAAAGUCAUCGACCAGAAUCCCUCCUUAUCUUUUCGGGUGUACGUAGCAACCAAUAACGAGUCCUACAUCAAGGAUAUUGCCAAGGCUGUCAAGCACUCCUCUAAGAAAUUCAUGAAAAUCGACAAGCCUCCUGUGUGCCUGAAGUUAUUGGAGCAUGGGAAGAAGUACAGACUGGUCAGUGAACCAGAAGCCGACAUCACCCCUGAGGAAAUUGAAUUUGUGGAUGGUUCCCUUUUAAAACUGAAAAGUUAUAUUGAAGUUUAUUUGGAGCAGCCAAUGGAGUUUAAAUUACUGUUGGUUGAAAUGGAUUCCGACGAGAUUGUAUGGAAAGCGAAACUGAGAGAAUGUGACUGGGUUCAACAUGAUCAGAGUCAGAACGUUUCAAAAAGCAGCACAAGUGGUAAAAGGCGACGUAAAGUAAGUAACACUCUACCUGAAGAGGAGGUCAGUGCUAAAAGAAUGAAGCAGGUUGACACUUCAGAUGGAGCCAAGACCCUGUUAACAGACGAUCAGUUGAUUACUCUUGCUGGGAAGUUGGGGAAGGAGUGGAGAGAAAUUGGCAUUGAAAACCUGGAGUUGGACAGAAGCGAUAUUGAUGAUAUCCGGAAGAAGGAAGAAAAUGUGACAAUUUGUAAGUUUCGGAUGCUGAAGAAGUGGCAAGACAAGGAGCUAAGCAACGCCACAGUCCAGAAUUUAUAUAACUGCUUGAAAAACGUCUCAGUUGAAGUCCAGGAUGUGCUGGAAGGUUUCUUAUAGGCAACAUGAGAUUUGGAAGAUGGACCACCAUUUCACCUGGUCAUUGGGUAUCAACUUAAUGAGACCUUGAACUUAGUCUCUGGAACAACUUCUCCACAGCCAGCCACUCUGGAGCUCACACUAUCCAGGAACAAAGAGAAUGUAAAAUUUUGGAAAACUUGAGGAAGAAAACACCUUUAUAAUAUCAAUAUAUAUUUUUUUCUUUUUUGGCACCUCCUGCUCACACCAUCCCACCAGCUCCCCAACCCAAACGGAUAUCAUUACAAAGGGUGCUUAAUAUAACUCAACUCAGGCAGGUGAGAAAUGUGGUAAUAUUCUUUUUUGGAGUAGUGUGGACUCUGAAAUUCUUACCAAGUGCUUGAAACACUUUUAGCAAUUAAAUAGUGGUGCACUUAAACGUGCACCGAUUCGGUUUAGCUUUUAUCGGGUUGACAUUAAUAACGAAGAGAGGUUCCCGAUCUUUCAGCCUCCACACAGACACACGUGCCGCUGGGUACAAUCUGUCUUUUCAUGUGAGAUUUCAUUUCUGUAUCUCACCUUACUAACCUCUCUGGUUAGUGGCCCGUUACACCGUCAAACCAGUCAUGUUGCCUGGUCCUGGAGUGAUUAGAAAGGAAUGUCAUCCUCUCCCCAUCACAGGGUUGAUACGCUCGCUCACAGGUGAUCUCCUCACCUUACCGGGCAAGUUCGACUGGAUCCAUUGUCAGAGUUGCUGUCAAAAUCACCGGGCCAAGCACUAUCUGUCUUGACUUUCACCCUGGGAUCGUUUACUUUGGGGGUGGGGGUGGGGAACGCGGCUCAGAAACAGCCUCAGCAGGACCACGGAAAACAGUCAUCUCUUCUUGAAGAAGAUGCGCCCUCAGGAUAAUGGGUCACAUUGGCUCUUGAUAAUUGGUGAAGUGUUGGUUUGUGUCUUGUAUGUAUAGGUGUUGUCGCUCUUCCAGAAUCAUGCCUGUGCUGAUUAGCCUUUUGGAUAUGUUUUGUUAACUUAUUUGAAGACACUAUAAAUUACCACUAGUCUUCUGUUGUUAUUAGCUGGAGCGUUAAAAUGAAUCUCAAUGAAUUAAGCAGAGAGUCACACUUUAUCGUUUUGCCUGUGAAGAACAAAUUUACUUUAUAGGGAAUAACAUAUUUUUAACUGUCCGGGAUCCUGUGGAAUUCAAAUCAGUGUCACUUUAAUGAGUUUUGUUUAUUUUUUAAAAAAUUGUACUAUAUUUUAGGAAACACGUGGAGUUUUAACAUUCAGAAGUGUAAACUACUUAAAGGACUUGAAUUUUUUAAAUGUUUAUUAUUUUUUUUAUAAGUUGUUUUUCUAAGAAAAGCAUAAUUGCAGAGGUGCUUUGUAUAUCAGCUGGUUUCCUAGCCAUUUUCAACCUUUUUCAUACUAUGGAUGAAGGGAAGAAAAAUAAACCUACAUGUAUGUGUACAGUGCA